ACCAUUUCCCUGUCCGAGUUAAACCCCGGCACGUGGUAUGACCUGUUGGUGUCGGCCCGGAAUGAGGCCGGCCUCACAGAGAUGGAGUACCGAGUGGCCACCCUUACGCCUACCGGUGCCACUGUUGAGCCGCUCAGUUCGUACGACCAGAGAGGCAAAGGGUCGGUGCUCGAGGACCCCAUGAUUCUCAUACCGGCCUUCUGUGCGAUCGUGGUGUUGGUUGUGGUCACGUGUGCCACGGGAUUCAUACUCGUGUGGAAAGGCAGGGAAGGGGCCGUAGCCGGCGAGUCGUCGCCGUCAGUAACACCGCAAGACGUACACUGUGUGCCACUUGACUCCCGAUCCAUCAAAAUCACGUGGACUAUAGCGGGCCCUAAAUCACAAAUAAUUGAUGGUUUCUAUAUUGGAUUCAAACCAUUCAAUUCAAUGCACACACCGUUCACGUACAAGACAAUGCAGACCACGGGUGCCAAACAGGCACAGCUCGACAGGCAGGUCGCCCAUCAGGCCGUACACCAGGCUAGCAAUGCCGUGGCUGUAGGUGCGGCCGCGAAUCGGCCGGCCAUUGAGCAACAGAUUAGCAGCAAAUAUGACUAUAAUAUCGAUUCGUUGGCCAGGCAUCCGCCGGAGGCACCCAUUGUUAAAGUGGACAGCCUGUCCACCACUGACGCCACGCUAACGUGGGAUAUGGCACUCAGGGACGACGGCAAUCAAGUGGACGGUUUUAUCAUCAGUUAUAGGAUAGAUGCCGGUGCCGGCGGUGGUGGUGCUGGCAGUGAACAGUCAGCUCAAUGGGAGACAAUACAAUUGACUCGUCAGCACAAAAGCUAUGUAUUAAGGAAUCUGAGAUGUGGUACCACUUAUAUCGUUAAGAUCGAGGCGUUUAACGAAGUGGGCACCGGUAGGGCCAGCGAUGAGCUUAGGUUUACUACUGUCGGAAAGGCGCCGGUAGCCGGCGAGCGUUCCCUAAUCUACACCCCAAACAUCACGUUUGUAUUGGUGCACCUGAACCGGUGGUCGGACGGGGGCUGUCCUAUCAGUCACUUCGUGGUGCAGUAUAGGGCCCGACAGCAGCCGGCUAUGGAUUGGAUGCUACACUCAAAUCAUAUACCGCCCGAACAGAACACCAUUUCCCUGUCCGAGUUAAACCCCGGCACGUGGUAUGACCUGUUGGUGUCGGCCCGGAAUGAGGCCGGCCUCACAGAGAUGGAGUACCGAGUGGCCACCCUUACGCCUACCGGUGCCACUGUCGAGCCGCUCAGUUCGUACGACCAGAGAGGCAAAGGGUCGGUGCUCGAGGACCCCAUGAUCCUCAUACCGGCCUUCUGCGCGAUUGUGGUGUUGGUUGUGGUCACGUGUGCCACGGGUUUCAUACUCGUGUGGAAAGGCAGGGAAGGGGCCGUUGCCGGCGAGUCGUAUUGUCGGCAUCGAGAUAAUAGCCGUUCCGAUGACUUAUCCCUUAACUCGUAUAAUAAAGUGCCAAAAGGGGAGUCUCUAUACGACCAGCAGAGGGUGCAAAUCUAUUACCCGAACGGCUAUCCGGCCGGACAUGUGGCCACUGGUGGUGUCGGGAGUCAACAGCAGUCGCAGGACUGUAAUCAUCAGAUUCAGCACCAAAGCCAUCACAUUCAAGGGGCGGCUGAUGUGGAGUGCGGUGCCGGUGCCGCACAGGCAUUGGUCGACCCCUCGCGAAUGGGUCGCAGAGGAUACGGCUAUAUGGAGCACGUCUACGACGUUCCCCAUCGUAUGCGUGAUAAACAAAUGGGACCGGCAGUAAACGAGACUAAGAUAUCGAGUUAUUCAGUGCUGUGGACACAACCAAACGACAAGGAAUUGGAUGAAUGCGGUCCACAACAGGACUCGAAUAGUUUAAUAGAGUCAACAGAAUUGGCCACCGCUUUGACCAACACUAGCAUCAGCAGUCGUGACAAUGAGUCCAUUUAUACGCAAUCCUACGACAGGACGCAAUCGACGUGUUUUCACGAGAAUCACAAACCGGAUGUCGAGUCGAGUGACACGGACUACGAGUCACAUAUAGACCGCUCUUGGAUUACAGCCAGAAGUGCCCGUAAUUAUCAACUAAUGAAUUGA